AUGAUUUUUCAAUCUUUUCUACUAGGUAAUCUAGUAUCCUUAUGCAUGAAGAUAAUCAAUUCGGUCGUUGUGGUCGGACUCUAUUAUGGAUUUCUGACCACAUUCUCCAUAGGGCCCUCUUAUCUCUUCCUUCUCCGAGCUCGGGUUAUGGAAGAAGGAACCGAGAAGAAGGUAUCAGCAACAACUGGUUUUAUUACGGGACAGCUCAUGAUGUUCAUAUCGAUCUAUUAUGCGCCUCUGCAUCUAGCAUUGGGUAGACCUCAUACAAUAACUGUCCUAGCUCUACCAUAUCUUUUGUUUCAUUUCUUCUGGAACAAUCACAAACACUUUUUUGAUUAUGGAUCUACUACCCGAAAUUUAAUGCGCAAUCUCAGCAUUCAAUGUGUAUUCCUGAAUAAUCUCAUUUUUCAAUUAUUCAACUAUUUCAUUUUACCAAGUUCAAUGUUAGCCAGAUUAGUCAACAUUUAUAUAUUUCGAUGCAACAACAAGAUGUUAUUUGUAACAAGUAGUUUUGUUGGUUGGUUAAUUGGUCACAUUUUAUUCAUGAAAUGGCUUGGAUUGGUAUUAGUCUGGAUACGGCAAAAUCAUUCUAUUAGAUCGAAUAAGUACAUUCGAUCUAAUAAGUACCUUGUGUCAGAAUUGAGAAUUUUUAUGGCUCGGAUCUUUAGUAUUCUCUUAUUUAUUACCUGUGUCUACUAUUUAGGCAGAAUACCGUCCCCCAUUCUUACUAAGAAACUGAAAGAAACCUCAAAAACGGAAGAAGGGGUGGAAAGUGAGGAAGAAGGGGAUGUAGAAAUAGAAACAACUUCCGAAAUGAAGGGGACUAAACAGGAACAAGAGGGAUCCACCGAAGAAGAUCCUUCUUCUUCCCUUUUUUCGGAAGAAAAAGAGGAUUCGAACAAAAUCGAUGAAACGGAAGAAAUCCGAGUGAAUGGAAAGGAAAAAACAAAGGAUGAAUUCCACUUUCACUUUACAGAGACAGGCUAUAACAAUAUCCCAUUUUAUGAUUAUGAGGAUUCUUAUCUGAAUAUGAAUGGGAAUCAAGAAAAUUGGAAAUUAAAAGAUAAAAAAGCUGCUAAAAGAAAGGAACUCUUCCGCUUUGAAAAAACUCUUGUAACUACUCUUUUCGAUUAUAACCGAUGGAAUCAUCCAUUUCGUUACAUAAAAAAUGAUCGAUUUGAAAAGGCUUUACGAAAAGAAAUGUCACAAUAUUUCUUUCAGAUCUACGAAAGCAAUGGGAAACAAAGAAUAUCUUUUACAUACUUGCCCAGUUUAGCAACUUUUGGAGAAAUGAUAAAAAGAAAGAUAUCUCUGUACACACUAGAAAAAUCUUCCUCUAAUGAAUUUGACAAACGUUGGGUUUACACGAAUAAGCAAAAAAUAAAGAAUCUAAACAAUGAGUUUAGAAAUCGAAUUCAAGCCCUAGACAAGGAAUUUCUUUUUCUGGAUAUACUCGAAGCAAGAACUAGAUUGUGUAAUGACGAUACUAAAAAUGAAUAUUUUCCUAAAAUGUAUGAUCCUUUCUUAAAAGGUGCAUAUCGCGGAAGAAUCAAAACAAUACUUUCACCUUCUAAAACUGCGAUAGACAAUUUAAGAGAUACAAUUGGUAUAAAUCGAAUUCAUAGUAUUCUUCUUCCAGAUAUUAAUAUUGAUUAUCAAGAAUUUGAACAGAAAGCAAAUCUGUUUGAUAAAAAACAAUUAUUAACAGAAAUGGGGAAUUUUUUACCGUUAGCUGGUGAAUUUGAUAUAGAACAAAAAUCGAAUUUAAAUAUGAAAGGUCUUUCUUUAUUUUCAGACCAAGACCAAGAAAAAAUAGAUUUUGAAAAAGAAAGAAAAAUUUUCAAAUUUCUAUUGAAUGUUAUUCGAACCUAUCCUAUUGAUCAAAAAAUUCAAAAAGAAUCUGUUGGAAUAAAAGAAAUUAUCAAAAAAGUCCCUCGAUGGUCAUACAAAUUAAUCACCGAUUUAGAACAACAAUCAGGAGAGCAUCAAGAAAACGUACCGGUUGAUCAUCAAAUUCGCUCAAGAAAAGCCAAACGUGUAGUGAUUUUUACUGAUAACAAGGAGAAUACCGAUCCUAAUAAGGAUAAUGAUACUUCGGAUCAAAGAAACGAAGUGGCUUUGAUACGCUAUUCGCAACAGUCGGAUUUUCGAAGAAGAAUAAUUAAAGGUUCUAUGCGCGCUCAAAGACGUAAAAUUGUUAUUUGGGAACUCUUUCAAGCAAAUGUGCAUUCUCCCCUUUUUUUGGACAGGAUAAAAAAAUCUCCUCGUUUUUCCUUUGAUAUAUCCGUACUGAUUAAACUUCUUUUUAGAAAUUGGACAGGGAAGGGGGCCAAAUUUGAAAUUCUGGAGUAUACAGAUGAAGAAACAAAAAAGGAAGAUAAAAAAGAAAAGGAUAAAAAAGAGGAGAACAAAAGAAAGGAACAAGCGCGGAUAGAGAUAGCAGAAGCCUGGGAUACCAUUCCUUUUGCACAAGUAAUAAGAGGUUCCAUGUUAAUAAGUCAAUCUUUUUUUAGAAAAUAUAUUCGUUUACCUGUAUUAAUAAUAGGCAAAAAUAUUGUACGUAUGAUAUUAUUCCAAUUUCCGGAAUGGUCUGAGGAUCUAGAGGGAUGGAAUAGAGAAAUGCAUAUUAAAUGUACCUAUAAUGGUGUUCAAUUAUCGGAAACAGAAUUUCCGAAAAAUUGGUUAACAGAUGGUAUUCAGAUAAAAAUCCUAUUUCCUUUCUGUCUGAAACCUUGGCAUAGAUCGAAACGACGGCCCUCUCAUAGAGAUUUAAUGAAAAAGAAAAAACAAAAAGAUGAUUUUUGUUUUUUAACAGUUUGGGGAAUGGAAACUGAACUUCCGUUUGGUUCUCCCAGAAAACAAUCUUCUUUUUUUGAGCCCGCUGUUAAGGAGCUGGAAACAAAAAUUAUAAAAUUCAAAAGGGCAUAUUUUCUAGCUCUAAAAGUUUUAAAGAGAAAAACAAAAUUACUUCUAAGAGUUUCAAAAGAAACAAAAAAAUGGAUUAUCGAAAGUUUUUUAUUUCUAAAAAGACUAAUAAAAGAACUUUCUAAAUUAAAUCCAAUUAUAUUAUUUAGAUUCAGAGAAGUAUAUGAAUCGAAUGAAACUAAAAACGAAAAAGAUUCCAUAAUCAGCAAUCAGAUAAUUCAUGAAUCCUUUAGUAAAAUUAACUCUCCAAAUUGGACAAAUUCUUCACUGACAGAAAAAAAAAAGAAGGAUAUGUCUCAUAGAACAAGUACAAUCAGAAAUCAAAUAGAAAGAAUUAUAAAAGAAAAAAAAAAAAUAACCCCAACGCCAAGAAUAUAUAUAAGUCCUAAUAAAAGAAAUUGGAAUACUAAAAGAUUAGAAUUGCCAAAAAACAUUUGGCAAAUAUUAAAAAAAAGAAAUGCCCGAUUAUUCUCUAAAUUCAAUUCUUUUAUAAAAAUUUUCGUUGAAAGAAUAUACAUAGAUAUAUUUUUAUUUAUCAUUAAUAUUACCAGACUGAAUACACAACUUUUUAUUGAAUCAAUAAAAAAAAUUAUGGAUAAAUCCAUUAAUAAAGCAAAUAAAGAAAGGAUUAAUAAAAAAAAUCAAAAUACAAUUUACUUUAUUUCGACUAUAAAAAAAUCAAUUGAUACUAUUAACAAUAAGACAAAUUCAUAUAUUUUUUGUGAUUUAUCCUACUUGUCACAAGCAUAUGUAUUUUACAAAUUAUCACAAACUAAAGUUAGUAACUUGUAUAAAUUAAGAUCUUUUUUUCACUACCUCGGAACCUCUUUUUUUCUUAAAACUGAAAUAAAGCAUUCGUUUGAAAAACAAGGAAUAAUUCAGAAUGAAUUAAGUCUUAAGAAACUUCCGAGUUAUGGGAUGGAUCAAUGGAAAGGUUGGUUAAAAGGACAUUAUCAAUACGAUUUACCCUCGAUUAGAUGGUCUAAAUUAAUAUCAGAAAAAUGGAGAAAUAGAGUUAAUCAACAUCAUAUGGCUCAAAAUCAAAAUUUCAAAUUGAAUUCAUAUGAAAAGGGCCAUUACAAAAAACAAAAGGAUUCUGAAGUAUAUUCAUUAUUGAAUCAAAAAGAGAAUUUUCAAAAAAACUCUAGAUAUGAUCUUUUAUCAUAUAAAUAUAUUAAUUAUCAAAAAAUGAGGGACCCAUCUAUUUAUGAAUCACCCUUUCAAGUACAAGUAAAUAAGAAUCAAGAUUUUUAUUAUAAUUCUAACACAUAUAAACACAACCUUUUUGAUAUGUUGGAGAGUAUCCCUAUCAAUCCUUAUCUAGUAAAAGGUAAUAUUAGAUAUAUGGAAAAAAAUACCGAUAGAAAAUAUUUUGAUUGGAAAAUCAUCAAAUUUUUUCUUAGAAAAAGGGUCGAUAUUGAAUCCUGGGUCAAAAUCAAUACUAAGAGUAAUCAAAAUACUAAGAUUGGUACUAACAAUUAUCAAAUAAUUGAUAAAAUUGAUAAAAAAGGCCCUUUUUAUCUUCUGCUUCCGCAAAAUCCCAAAAUAAACUCGCCAAGUCCAAAAAAACUUUUUUUGGAUUGGAUGGGAAUGAAUGAAGAAAUAUUAAAUCGUCCCAUCUCGAGUCUGGAAUUUUGGUUCUUUCCAGAAUUCGUACUCCUUUAUAAUCUAUAUAAAAUGAAACCGUGGGUUAUACCAAGCAAAGUACUUCUUUUCAAUUUGAAUCUAAAUGAAAAUGUUAUUAGUAACAAUAAAAACGUCGAUGGAAAGCAAAAGACGGAAUGUGUUAUACCAUCGAAUAAACAAAUAAAGAAUAAAAAUCAGAAUCAAAAAGAAAAAGAAACCCCUGCGGACCAAGAAGAUCUUAGAUCAGAUGCACAAAAACAGGGGAAUCUUGGAUCCGUUCCCCCAACAAAGACAAAGCAAGAAAAAGAUAAUGAAGAGGAUUAUGCAGUAUCAAAGAUAAAAGCGGGUAAAAAGAAAAAGCAAUACAAAAGUAAAACGGAAGCAGAACUGGAUUUUUUCCUAAAACGUUAUUUAGUUUUUCAAUUGAGAUGGGGCGAUGCUUUGAAUCAAAGAAUGAUCAAUAAUGUCAAAAUAUAUUGUCUCCUGCUUCGACUGAUAAAUCCAAGAAAAAUUACUAUAUCUUCGAUUCAAAGAAGAGAAAUGAGUUUGGAUAUAAUGCUGAUUCAGAAGAAUUUAAGUCUUACAGAAUUGAUCAAAAGGGGAGUAUUGGUUAUCGAACCUGACCGCCUGUCUGUAAAAAAUGAUGGACAAUUUAUUAUGUAUCAAAUCUUAGGUAUUUCAGUAGUUCAUAAGAAUAAGCACCAAACUAAUCAAGGAUACCGAGAACAAACAUACGUUGAUAAGAAUCGUUUUGAUUUACUUGUUCCUGAAAAUAUUUUAUCGACCAGGUGCCGUAGAGAGUUGAGAAUCCUAAUUUGUUUCACUUCAAAAAAUAGGAAUAGUGUUGAUAAAAAUUCAGUAUUUUGUACCAAGAACAACUCUAGUCAACUUUUGGACAAAAGGAAAGAUCUUGAUAAAGAUAAAAAAGAAUUAAUUAAAUUAAAGUUUUUUCUUUGGCCUAAUUAUCGAUUAGAAGAUUUGGCUUGUAUGAAUCGCUAUUGGUUUGAUACCAAUAACGGCAGUCGUUUCAGUAUGUUAAGGAUAUAUAUGUAUCCACGAUUGAAAAGUCAUUGA